AUGUUCUCCCUACUGUCCCCCACCUCCUGGCUCCCCAGCCUCCCCUCCCUCGACUGGGGCUCCGGCCUCCUCGAGGCCCUCCUGCAAGGCCUCGUCGGGGCCUGCGCAGUCUCCAUCCUGAACAACCUCCUGAAGGUCUAUUUCUUCGUGGGCUGUGCCAACCACCCGGAUCUUCAUCUUGAGAAGCAGAGGCUGCAGGCCCGGUGGGCGUCACUGGAGACUGUGCACCUCGCAGGGCUGGCCCUGAUUCUGACCGUAGUGGGGGUCCGGGUGGCUGCCCUCGUAGUGCUCGAGUUCUCUCUCCGGGCUGUCUCCAUGCUGCUUUCCCUGGACAAGGGCUCCCAGGGCACCCAGAAGCUGCAGCUGUACCUACUGUGCCAGUACUCGCUGGGCUGUGGGCUGACCUGCGGCCUGAGCUUCCUGCAGGAGGGAGCCCCGCACUGCACGCUGAACCUGAUGCUGGCCCUGGGGCUGGCAGCGCUGCUCAGCACCGGCGCCCGGCGCCUCUGCCACCACGUCUGCCGGCUCUACGAGCUGCACCGCAGCCAGCGCGCCUGUGGGGUCUGCCUGGGCCUGCUGGCGGGCGCACACCACCUCCCCCGGCUGCUGGGCCGCACCCUGGCUGUGACCUUUAUAGUGGGCAACCUGGCCGCCGUGGCCCUCAUCAACCGAGACUUCCUGACCACCUCGGAGGCCGUGCGCUUCUGGACACCUCUCACCAUCUGCUACACCCUGCUGGUCAUCCACAUGCAGGAGGAGCAGCGGCAGUGCCUCGGCCUGAAGAGCCAUGUCCAGACCGUGCUGGUGCGCAUGUGCGGUCUCUUCGUGCUGCUGCUGACCGUGGGCCGCUGGCUGGACCUCCUGGGCAUCCUCGUCUCCCUGCUGGGCGAGCUCUGGUGCCUCGUGGGCAUCCGUACCCUGCUUGAUCUUUGCCAGAUACAGGAUUUUCCACCCCAGAGGCCUUUGGUGUCAGCUCCAAGCCAGCCCCAGCCCUCAGAGGAGAAAGCCACCUCCUGA